AUGGCUGAAGAUUCUCAGCUGAAUUCCAUCCAGCAACGGAUCGCCGCCCUCAACCACUCGCAACUGGCCCGCCCACCGGGAGGCCCUGGACCAUCGUUCCGCCCGAACGCCCAACGGAGCGCGUCAGCCAACAACCCUCCCUCAUACGAUGCAAUCGGCUCUGUGGUAGACCGAACAUCUGUCGGAAAUGAACCUGCAGAUGAAAGAACCCAGCGGCAGGUCUUGCAACCGCCUUCAAUGGAAACACUUCGGCCUGAGGUGAAACCCAAGCCAAAAGCCCCUCCGCCAUUGCCCACGCGAAAAUCGGAUCGUCUGCCUCCCCCUACACCCGCUCGUCCUGCGCUGCCAGCCCGUAGACCGACAGAUCUAAAGCACCGGCCCUCCCUUGAGUCAGUCACCUCCGAUGCGUCAUAUUCGACAACAUCGACAGUUAAAACUGCAGGGCGAGGCUCAUCGACAACCUCGGUGAACUCAACUGGGAACAAUCGCAUCAAGGCGCCUGCAUGGGGCGAGACAGAACUCCCUGCGCUACCUCCCCGCCGACCGAAGGAGCAAGCUAGCUUGGAGCCUCCUCCGCGGCCUACUGUCAGCAGUAAGAGGAGCUUUGGGAGCCUCUCUUCCAGAUUGACCUCCAAAAUCUCGCUACCUGGGUCCAAACCACCCGUUCCCCCUGUUCCAAGUCAACCCGCACGACCGAGUCAACCUCCUCGUCCUACUCAGCCUCCACGACCUACUUCGUCUCCGCAUCCUAGCCAGCCACCCCCACGCUAUGAGGCCGAAGAGGAGCCCCCGGUGCCUCGACUGCCACCGCGCCGACCAUCCGCGGUACAUGCAGACACAAAUGGAAUCAGUGAUGGCUUAGGUGUCAACCUACCGAUCCGGAAGACAUUGCCUCCUCCGCCAACGGCUGCACAGAUCAAGGAUGCUAGGCAGUUUGGGUUUGGUAAUACAAGUAAACCCAAAUCUAGCAACAUUCCCUCUAAUGGGACACCACCACCGAUUCCACAUGGUUCUCGUCCGGAUCUAUUCAAAAUAAUGGCUACAAAACCGCGUUUCAAUGGGGCAACUGUGUCUCCAAGCCCUCCACUUCCCCCGUCAGACACGGAAUGUUUGGUAUGUCGGGACUUCUCGGGCCCUGACUACCAUGCCGCCCGAUAUCCUCGUGCAUCGCUUCCGACACAGGAUAUGGCGUGGCUAGCCAAUGAGCUGACAGCACCUUUCCCAUCCAUGACAGACAAGGCACGUGCGAUAUUCACAUGGCUACAUCAUAACAUCUUCUACGAUACCUAUUCAUUCUUCAAUAAUUGUGUGAAACCCUCCACGCCAGCUAGUACUCUGGCAUCUGGAAUGGCAGUCUGCGAAGGCUACGCAGGACUUUUUGCAGCAUUAGCCACCCACGCCGGCCUAGAGGCAGUGGUAGUCGGUGGCCAUGGCAAAGGCUUCGGGCACUACGCUCUUGCUCCAGGGGCCCCGGUACCCCCAUAUGAAGGCAAUCACGCCUGGAAUGCCGUCAAGAUUGACGGGGGCCGAUGGAAGCUAAUCGACUCCUGCUGGGGCGCAGGAGCAAUAGAAGACGGGGGACAAUCAUACAAGCAGCGCUUCGAACCAGCGAUGUUCUCGAUCCCGAACGAGGAGUUCGGUUUAAAGCACUUCCCAGAAAACAAACGCCAGUUCUUCCGCGAGGAUGGACGUCCCGAUCUAACCUGGGAAGAGUACAUCCUCACGGACCCGGAACGACCAAAUGGCGUCGAGGGUCUCAAGGUCUACAGUGAUGCCGACACGCGCAGCAUCGGCCGCAAUACCUUCCACCCACAAAACCUGCACAUCUCUAUCAGCACCCCAGGCGCAAUGCGUUUCCAGUUUGGUCUCCUCUGUCCGCAUUGGACACUCUCCCGCCACAGCCACAUCCAGCAUGCAGGAUUGUUCCUGCUUAUGAUUCAUGGUGUGGACGGACGCGAGGACGACAGACUCCCUUUCACGCACGUAUCAGGCUCCGGACCCGCGGGCGGUGGCGAGUUCUGGUAUGUGGAUGUCCCCAGUGCACGUAUGCUUGGUGCGCCUGGUCAGAAGCUGCAGAUUGCUGUAUUGACUAAAUUUGGGGACCGGGAGGAUGCUAGUGGUGUUACAGCGCAAGAGUUUCAGGAGAAGGUCGGCAGGAUUGGAAUGGCUUGGGCCUAUGUUGCUGAGUGGGAGCUGGUUAGGUAG